GGCAGAGUACUAGGUUUUGUGACACAGCCAGUCUGUUUGUCAUAAUUGUUCAUGGCUCAUAACUGACCGGGCUUAGAGUUUGCUGAGAGUAAGGUGAUCGUGAUCAGACGCAGAUGGACACUGUGUUUGGCGCAGCUCACUUGCCUUCUCAACAUCACACAGUUUCUCUUCCUUUGUCGUCUGAGAUUUGAAGUGUUCGCAGAUCUGGGUGUUGCUGACUAAACAAACGGAAAGUGAAGUAAGGCUGCUGCUGUCUGUAGAGCAGAGGGACGCAUCUCGAUACUGCGAUUGGAUACAGAAGAUCAACGCGGAUAAACCUGUUUGAGGAUGGAGGAGGAAACACCAGUCAAGCUGUCAGUAGCUCAGCUGGCUGGAAAACUCAAAGGUCAUGCACUGCCAAUGCCAGGAAACAUGGAGGUGAUAUCUGUGAGAAGACCCCCAUGUUCUCUGGUGAUAAACAACCAAAAAGAUGAAGAACAUGAAGAGAAGUCGUCUGUCUGCCCUUAUCCUCCUAAGAUGAAGAUAAAGAGUUCACCCUUCAUUGAAAAACUACAGGCCAAUCUUGCCCUCUCUCCAACUGUCCUGCUCUCCCCUCCCAAAAGUCCAGAGUCCAAACAGCCACCCACUGCCUCCAGUCCCAUCAGCCCCUGCAGCUCCACCCUGCAGCCCACUCAGCUGUCCUGUGAAGAAGAGGCGCCGGUUAGCUUCGAGCAGCCGGUCGAGGGUACUCCACUGCCCAGCAUUAACAAGAGUCGAGCUAGGCUGUCUUUUAAGCGACGGCUGCCCACACGACAACACAGGAAGUCAGCAUGUGAGGAGGCAAAAUGGAAUGAAGGAAAUGAAUCUCCGUGUGAACCAUAUAGUCAACAGCAGAAUGGAGAUGAAGGGGAAUUGACUGGUGGGCCUUCGCAGGAGGAUACAGAAGAUAAAAUAGACUCUGCUCAACCCACCAAUGGCCCACAACAGGAAAAAGACAGGACAGAGCACAGAGAUGUACCCCAAGAAAAUGAGGGGACCCAAGUAACUGAUAUAGAAAACAAGCAUGAAGUAACUGAAGGAGGAUAUGAACCUUCUGACUGUAAACAGGCACAAAAAGAAGAGAAGGAAGAGACAGAAGAGGACAGGACAGAAGUGAAAGAGGACAAGGAAGUGCUGGAUGCAGAGAACAACCCAGAAUAGAAGUAAAAGGGUAAUGGUUAUCAGAAUUUUUAUUUUUAUUUUUAUUUUUUUUGCCAAUAAGCAUUGAUUUAGCAAACUAGAAUAGUGAGAAGAUUAUUGCAGACAACAGUUGAAUUACUGGAGUUUCUAACAAACGUUCAGGUGAACUCAUUGAGAACAGACUCCAGUAUAGAUGAAGAGGGACAGUGUCUGAAUGCCAGAAUUGAACCUCUUUUAGUACUGUUGAUUUAUGGACUUAAUAUCGCUAAAGCAAAUAUUACACAAAGGGUUAUACAGUAUGUUCAACACACUAUCAUUUGUAACUCUUAUGUUUUAGAGAAUUGGUGUUGAAUUUGUACAAUCUAAUUUGAAUGUUUGUGUACAAUCUCCUUGCACCCCCCCCCACCCUUUUUAAUUUAAAUCAAAUUUACCAACUGUAAUAAUAAUAAUAAUAAUAAUAAAAAUAAAAAUAAAAAUAAAUAAAUAAAAACAUUUAAGUUUUAUCAAGAGAUCAGGUGGGAUCUUAUAACUAAAAUGAAUCCAUUAUAUCAAACCCUGAGUUUCUAUUCGAACUCUAUAGGAUAUGUCUGAGUAAUUCAUAUGCUUUUAUCUUGCUUGCUUUGCUUUUAAAUAAACUGAUGUAGGAUUCUUAUUUGCUGUUCAGAGGAUGAGAAAGCUUUCACCUUUGGAGAGCAUUCUCAAUUUUAAAAGUUUCAACCUUCACCUGAUCUUGAUUAUUUAUGUGAUUCAGUUUACAAAAUGACAAAAAUCAUUGAAAUAAGUGUAUUUUUAUUGACUAUCAGUUAAUUAAAAAAUAUCUGACAUGCCUCUGGGACAGUCCUAGACUCUGUAAACACCAAACGUUGGCUAGAAAUGUUUCGUAAAUGCUUCAGAAAUGCUUUAUCUGUCAGUCAUUUUGAGUGUUUAGGUUUGCAGACAUUGAGUUAGCUGAGAGGUUUGUGGAGAGGUUGUGUGGUUGCAAAUCACAAGUCACUUACUGCACUUUAUCUGAUGGUUAAUGAAAUGCAAUUUUUUUUUUUUUUUACAUCUUGCAGAAAAAUUAUAAAUAACAAGAUAAAUAAUACAAAGAACUAGUGGCAGAUAUUGCGCAAGCCAAAUUCACCAGCAGUCUCCUCCACUGCUGCUAUGCAAAGAUACUUUAAAAUGCCUGGAAUGUAUCACUGUGACUGCAAAGCUACUGUACUGCAUCAAUGACCUUUUACUUCCCAUAUAAGACUGAAUAAAGAGCUUUAUUUACACUUAA